ACAGAGGGACCCAGGUGGGUCAGGAAGCUUUCAGUGCUGGCACUCGCUUUGCCAGGAACAGGGUGAGUGGUUGAGCUGGUAAAAACGAGUGAGGGUGGGAAGCAGGCUGUGGCUGGGGUGUGGGAAAACCCUCUGCCUGGCUCUUCCAGGUGAGUCCUUCCCUCUGCACGCAGAUCCCCAGGGCCGGGCCUGCAGCGAGGAGCUCGCCCGGGGCUGCCUGGAGCCGUGGUGCCGGCAGCCACGUGCCCUCCCCACAGGCCCCUUUAUCAGCAGCACCCAGUGCAGCCCCCCCAGCCCACAGGCCCUUAUCUACCCUGGUCUGUGCUUCCUUCCAGGGUGUGCCACGAGGCCCCAGCUCGCUGGGAUUGCCCAAUGUCCUGCCCCACCAGCACACGGGGAGGAUUUGCCAAUGUGUGGGUGAGGCGUGUGCCAGCUGCCUGCACACACGGGCACCACGGGGCACCCCGGCAGCUGGAGACAGGGAUUAAAGCUCCUGUGGUGCCAGUGCUGGUAGCUCAGUGCUGUGGGAGAAGGAAAAGGCAGCUUGAAAUACCCCCUGACACACAGCAGAGCUCCCCCAGGACUCAGUGAAACCUUGCAUCGUGUAGGCUCGUUGUGGUGAGGUUGGCACAUAGGGAAAAGCCUCUCUGUCCAGCAGGCGAGGCAGGAGGAGCUCUGUGGUGCUCCUGGUGUGUGAAGGACGGAGGAGGAAGAGGAGGAAGAGGAAGGCCAUAGCCUGGAUUUGCCAUUGAGACACACUGCACAGGAUCUCCGCUGCUCUUAUGAGCCCAAGAUGUCAGCCGGCGACAGCAACAGGGGCAGCCACGCCAGCAGCAGCCGCCUGCAGAGCAAGAAGCCCCCCAACCUCUCCAUCAUCAUCCCCCCUCAGGAGGCAGAGGAGGAUGGCACCCGCAAGGAGCCCUCCAAGGUCCCCAUCUACAGAAAGAGCAAGAGCCUGCAGGAGCCGCGCUCGAAGGGAGGCGAGGGCCCGGAGCAGCAGCCUGGCUUCCGCCGGCAGACGUCCCUGUCCCAGAGCAUCCGCAAGGGCACGGCGCAGUGGUUCGGCAUCAGCGACGACUGGGAGGGGAAGCGGCAGCAGUGGCAACGCAAGAGCCUGCAGCACUGCAGCAUGAGGUACGGCAAGCUGAAGCCUGCCUACCGUGACAUGGAGCUGCCCAGCCAGGAGGUGCCCUCCUUCCAAGGCACUGAGUCACCCAAGCCAGCCAAGAUGCCCAAGAUCGUGGACCCGCUGGCCAGGGGCCGGCCCUUCCGCCGUCCCGACGAGCCCGACCGUCCCCACACGCCCCACCAUGCCCUGCCCCCCUCCACCCCCGGCGUCGCCUCCCUGGCAUCCUUCAACAGCAUCCGCUCCGGCCACGGCCACGUGCUACGCAGGAAGAGGGAGUCUGUUGCCCACAUGAGCUUCAAGGCAGCUGAGGCCCUUCUCCGUGGCCGCUCUGUCCUGGAGCUGCUGGCUCCCAAGCUCAGUACCAACAAGCGGAGCUUCCUGUACCCCAGCUUCGUGGACGAGGACAUCGGGGACGCUGCCGAUACCCUGGACUUGUCCUUCUUCAGUAAGAUGGACAUGCACGACGAGAUGUACUCCAUGCCCGAUGAUGUCUUCGAGUCACCACCACUAUCAGCCACGUACUUGCACAUGCACCCCAUGGGGCAGGAUGCCAAGGUGUCCCCCGAGGUGGAGCAGCCCACCCUGCGGGAGGGCCGUGUCUCCUCAGCCCUGGAAGGUGCCAGGGCAGCUCCCAUACGAGGCCGGCGAAUCACUUCCAAAGUGAUGCACUUUGCUUUCAACCGCAAGAAACGCUACUACGGGCUGGGGGUGGUGGGGAAGUGGCUGAACAGGACGUACCGCCGCAACCUCAGCAGCAUCGUGCAGUCGCAGCUGGAGAUCACCGACAGCCACCGCCCAUAUUUCACGUACUGGGUCACCUUUGUGCACAUCAUCAUCACUUUGCUGGUCAUCAGCACCUACGGCAUCGCCCCCAUCGGCUUCACCCAGCACGUGACAAUAGAGUUAGUCCUGCGGAACAAGGGCGUCUACGAGAGCGUCAAGUACAUCCAGCAGGAAAACUUCUGGAUCGGGCCCAGCUCGAUCGACCUGAUCCACCUGGGAGCCAAGUUCUCCCCGUGCAUCCGGAAGGAUCGGCAGGUGGAGCGGCUCAUCCAGCGCGAGCGGGACCGGGAGCGCGGCUCCGGCUGCUGCGUCCAGAACGACAACUCGGGCUGCAUCCAGACCCUGCCACAGGACUGCUCGGAGACGCUGGCGACGUUCAUCAAGUGGCCGGGCAGCAACGCGCCGGCCAUGGGCUUGGGCAGGAAGCGCACGUCAGGGGCCGUGUGCCACCAGGACCCCAGGACGUGCGAGGAGCCAGCGUCCAACCCACCCCAUGUGUGGUCAGAUGACAUCACCAAGUGGCCAAUCUGCACCUAUGAGACCAAAACCAACCACACAGGCUUUGCCCACAUGGAUUGCCAGAUCAAGGGCAGGCCCUGCUGCAUUGGCACCAAGGGCAGAGGGGGUGCUGGGGGGCACUGGAGUGAGUCCUGCCCUGAGUGUGCCCACUGCCUGCCUCUGCCCAGCUGCGAGAUCACGACACGGGAGUACUGCGAGUUCAUGCACGGCUACUUCCACGAGGAAGCGACGCUCUGCUCGCAGGUGCACUGCUUGGACGAGGUCUGUGGCCUCCUGCCCUUCCUCGACCCGGAGAUCCCCGACCAGUUCUACCGACUGUGGCUGUCCCUGUUCCUGCACGCAGGCAUCAUCCACUGCCUGGUGUCAGUGACCUUCCAGAUGACAGUGCUGAGGGACCUGGAGAAGCUGGCAGGGUGGCAUCGCAUCUCCAUCAUCUUCAUCCUCAGUGGCAUCACAGGCAAUCUGGCCAGUGCCAUCUUCCUACCGUACCGGGCAGAGGUGGGCCCCGCGGGCUCCCAGUUCGGUUUGCUGGCUUGUCUCUUCGUGGAGCUCUUCCAGAGCUGGCAAGUGCUGGAGAAACCCUGGAAAGCCUUCCUCAACCUCUCUGGCGUCGUGCUGUUCCUCUUUGUGUGCGGGCUCUUGCCGUGGAUCGAUAACAUCGCUCACCUCUUCGGCUUCCUCAGCGGGCUCCUGCUGUCCUUCGCCUUCCUGCCCUACAUCACCUUUGGCACGGUGGAUAAGUACCGCAAGCGGGCCAUGAUCAUCGUCUCCUUGCUGGUGUUCCUGGGGCUCUUUGCCUCGCUGGUGGUCUGGUUCUACGCAUACCCCGUGAACUGGCACUGGGUGGAAUAUCUCACCUGCCUGCCCUUCACCAGCAAGUUCUGUGAGAAGUACGAGCUGGAGCAGGUCCUGCACUGAGCCCCAGGCUGGAGCAGGGCCAGGGGGGGAAUGUUUUCCGUGGGGUGAGUGUUUACCAGCCCGAGGGUGAUGGUGGUUGCCCCGGGACGAGGCAGAGCCCGGGCACGGUGUCACCCCUGGGGUUGCAGGUGGGGAGUGAGGCUGGAGUCACUCUGCCUCACACACCCCUCUUGGCAUUGAAAAGCCAUAACUGGUUUGGGGACCGACCCUGGCUGCUGCCUGCAUGAGAACACGGGGUUGUGGUGGGCAGGCAACCCUGGGAAUGAUGCUGCCAAGGUCUCCUACCCAUGCCCCUGCCUGCCUGAGGCCCUGACCCACCUCAGUGUCCUCAGGCACUGGGUUCAUAAUGUGAACAUGACCCCUUUUUUUGCAGGGGCACUGGUUUCUUUUAUCCUCAGUUCUUUAGGCCAAUGUUUUCCCCCACUUUGAACUCUUUGAACUCUCCCUCACUUUGGACCACUACCACAGCUCUGAGGUGUUCAGAGCUGAACUUUGAAGGUAUUUUUCCGUCCUGCUUUCACACCUGGUGCUCCCCUGAGGCCAUGGAAGGAGGCUUGUGCCUCCCCACCUGGGCUCCUGAGGCAGGACUCAGAGCAGGGGGCUUCUUCUCAGUGAAAUUCUCUUUUUGGAAGAGAAGCAGCACACACUGCAUUUGUGGUGCCAUGCUGGCAGGGAGGCCUGGGGAAAAACACCCUGGGGUGGCUGUGGGGCUGCUCCUGAGGCCCUCAGACCCUCAGGAAGCCGUCAGUGCUCUCACCUUUCACUUGUGCCUCCAGUACCUGCUGUUACCCCUUUCCCUUUCCAGAGCAUAGGGACCCUAGUAGUGCUCCCCCAGCCUCAAACAGUGUUAGACAGGCAGAGAAGCUCAGGACAGGGCAGUGGCUUUCCGCCUUCCCUGCCCGGGGCCGUGUCCCUGGCUGUCCCAGGCCAUCUCCUCCCUUGUGCCCCAAGGCCAGUCCUUCCUGGGCUCCAGGUGACUCCUCGAGGCUGGUGCCAGGCUGUCCCUGCUCUGGGAUGAGUUGCUCUGGCAGGGCUGGGGCUGCUGUUGAAUGGAGGGAGAAGAGAACCCAGCAGCCCAGAUGAGUAUUUGAGGGUUUUGAGCUCAGCUCUUACCAUCCAGAGCCGCUCCCCAUGCCCCUCCUCGUGUCCCUCCCUCCACUAUGGGCCAGUUUUCAGCCCCUCUCUGUCCCUCUGAUGCUGCUCCAGCCAAAGACAGACACUUCACCUCAGUUGUGUCUUUUGAUACUGUUUUUAAAAGUUAUAGGUUGUUUUCUCUGUUAAUAAAUUUCUACCUGUGUUU